AUGGAUGCACGUGUGCCUAAAUAGCAGCAUAUUUGAAAGGAAAUUAUGUGCCAUCUAGGCUGUAAUUGUCUUGCAUCCUUUUCUCCCAUUCCACACAUCUCAGUCAAUGGGAAGGUAUGCAGACCCGAGUGCAAGGAGGAGCCGAAUGCUUUGGAUGGCAUUUGGAAGCGAGAGGUAGCAGAAAUCAAAGCAGGAGGGGGCGUAUAAAAUGAAAAGAGAUUGAGGAAGGUGUAGAGCAGUGAUUCGUCUCACUAACCUCCUGGACACACACACAAGAAUCUUGUGAAAAAUGAUGAAUGGCAGAAACAGGUGAAAGCGGAUGUCGUGAAGAUGGAAGCAGCAAAUGUUUCCAGUUAAUCAGAGCUUCUCACAUGAACAAUUGAAGCAUAUUUAAGAAGAGGAAGGUGAAAGCGAGUGUGAGCAAAGCAAUAGAAUAGGGAGAGAGGGAGGCAGGGAGCGAGAGCUGGAGGGAGAGAAGGAGGGAGGGAGGGAGGGAGUGAGGGAGAGGAAAGCCACGCUCACUCACUGUGACAGUGCCAAAGCGAGUGGAGAACGCGAGAAGGAGGGGAGAGAGAGAGAGGAAAGCUGAAGACUUGAGAGCUCCGGAGGAGAAACUGGUAGUGACAGAAGGGUCAGAGGGAGCAGCACCGAGAGAAAAGGGGUCGAAAAAAAGCAUGGAGGGCUAAAAAAGAAAAAAGAAAAUGAAGGAUGGGAGAGAGAGAUAAAGGCGUAGAUGCGGCAGAGCUGGAUAGACUCAUCUAAAGACAAGAAAGAGGAUAAGCGUGGAGUAACUAAUGCUCUGCGUGUGUACGAGGCACCGUGACUGACAGGGAUUGUGUGAUGCCCUACUGGUGGAUUGGGACAGAUGAAAAUAAGGACGAGAGAACUGUAGUGUAAGGCUUGAGGGACAGGAGAGCGAACAAGUGUAAAGGGCAUCCAGGGUCAGCGUUUUUUUUUUUUUUUUGGGUUCACGCUUUAAUGACACACAUUCUCAUCAUGGGAUUUUAGAAGCUCUACAUCCCUAAGACCUUACAGUAGGACCACAUUGUCUUGUCUGCUUCUUCUCGCUUUUACUUCCGCCUGUUGCUGCUUAACUCCAGAGAGAGAGACUGCCAGAAAGACAGAACAAGCCUUGUGGAUCCCGAGGAGUACGUAGUGCUCGGUGGAUGCCUCCAGUAUCCAGCCAUGGGGGAAUGGACCAUCCUCGAACGCCUCCUAGAGGCCGCUGUUCAACAGCACUCUACUAUGAUUGGGAGGAUUCUACUGACAGUCGUCGUGAUCUUCCGGAUCCUUAUUGUAGCCAUUGUGGGCGAGACGGUGUACGAGGACGAGCAGACAAUGUUCAUAUGUAACACGCUUCAGCCGGGCUGCAACCAGGCCUGCUACGACAAGGCCUUCCCUAUCUCGCACAUCCGCUACUGGGUCUUUCAGAUCAUCCUGGUGUGCACCCCGAGUCUGUGCUUCAUCACCUACUCUGUGCACCAAUCAGCAAAACAGCGAGACCGCCGCUAUUCCUUCCUCUACCCCAUGAUGGAUAAGGACUACAGUCGAGAAGGCACCCGCAAAGUGCGCAGCGUCAACGGCAUUCUCGUGCAACACCCAGACAGCAGCGGGGGCAAAGAUGAACCCGACUGCCUCGAGGUCAAAGAGAUCCCUAAUGUAGCACGUGGCCUCACCCACAGCAAGAGCUCCAAAGUGCGUCGGCAAGAAGGCAUUUCUCGUUUCUACGUCAUCCAGGUCGUGUUCCGUAACGCCUUGGAGAUCGGCUUUCUGGCAGGCCAGUACUUCCUGUAUGGCUUCAGCGUACCAGGGAUCUUUGAGUGCGACCGCUAUCCAUGCCUCAAAGAAGUGGAGUGUUAUGUGUCACGCCCCACCGAGAAGACAGUCUUCCUGGUGUUUAUGUUUGCCGUGAGCGGCAUUUGCGUUGUUCUCAACCUGGCCGAGCUCAACCAUCUGGGCUGGAGGAAGAUCAAGACGGCCAUCCGGGGGGUCCAGGCACGGCGCAAGUCCAUCUGUGAGAUCCGAAAAAAGGACAUGGCACACCUGUCACAGCCUCCAAACCUGGGCAGGACCCAGUCCAGCGAGUCGGCUUACGUUUGAUCCUCUGGUAUCAUUUUUUAAAAUGGAAUCGGGGGUGGAAAGCUGAUAGAAAGGGAUAGAAAGUAGCCUUACCAAACCAAACCCCAUUUUCACCAACCACUUCAUUCCCAUAUGUUAGAUAGUGUGAUGUGUGGUGUUGCAUGAAGAAGAGUGCGAAAAGGAGAGUAAGCAUGCGUUUGGAGAUUCUUGUUUCUGGAGAGUCUCAAGGAUAAUACGAGGGCUGGGAGACAGCAGAAGAGCGGAAGAGCCGUCAAUUUAACGGACUUCCACGGCAACAUGCUACAGGAACAACAAUGUCUUGUAUUUUGGAA